AUGAAUACGCAACAAAGCCUUUCUAUUGCGGAGACAAACGAAAUAAGGCAAAAGUUAGGUCUGAAGCCUAUUUCAGUUGUCCAGGAUAAAGAUGCGGACCGUAACGAAUCUUUGUCAAUCGAAGAAACAAACAAGCUAGUAAUUUCUACCGGCCAGAAGCAUAUUCCGUCUCAAAAAAAUGUAACUCCUUUCAGUCCUAACAUUCGUAGCACUGUCAAGGUCAAUACACUUCGAGAGAAGAUAACGGAGUUUCAAAGGGCUAACACACCUUUACGAAACACGCAGCUAAUUAAAGACGAUGAUGCUAAUGACGAUAAUUUGUGGUUAGAAAAUUUGGAUGCAAUUACUGUCCCAGGUGAGGCCAAACCGCUCAACACAUUGUUAGUAAAUGAGAGUACGGGAAAAGAAGACGAGGAUAUUGAUCUGCAUAAUGUCCAAGUGUCAUGUAGUAUCGAGGAGCUCGGUGCAAGUGAAGAAGCUAUUCUAACCUUGAAAGAAAGCAGCAUUUUUGAUGAUGCAGAUUCCAGUGAUGUAUUAGAGAAUGAAAAAGUGGCCCAAGAAACGACUGAUAGAGAAAAAUUGCGAUUGCGACAAAUGAAUAAAGACAGAAGACAAAAGAGACUGAAUUUACAUGUUUCCAGCUUAGAUAUUCAAGAGGAGGAGAAAACUUCGCCUAAAAACACACUUUUAAGCAUUGGAGCAGAAAAAGGAAUUAUUAAGGUACCAAAGCCUGAAUCUGCAAAACAGUCUGUAGGGAAGAUUAAAGUGAACUUCGAUGAUAUAGAUAAUGUUUCGGACGAAGACGGUGGAGACUUUAAGCCAUUAAAAAUAAAGAAACGUAAAGUUAAGGACCCGAAGUCGGCUAAAACCAGGAAGUCAAAGAUUUUUCAUAAGAUGGAAGUUGUUAAGUUGGUAGAUGAAGAUGAAAACUUAUCUUGGAUGAAUGAAGAACAACUAGUGACAAUAAUAAAUGCAAAAUCAAAUCGAAAAAAUGAGUUAAAGGGCGCAGAGCUUCUUGCCGGAGAAAUUGAAAAGGCAAGGAAUGAAAAAAAGCUGCGUGCUGAACAUAUAUUGAAAAUGCGUGAAAAUGCCAAUAACUUCGUUAUUGACGAAAAGACGGUUUUCCUGGAUACUUUGGACAUAAGUCUUCCUGGAGGGAUUGUCACUGCCGAUGAAGCAACAUUGGAUUAUAAUAGAGAGACAAAUAUCAAGUAUACCACUAAUCAACAUCCUGGAGAAGAGGUAGGGAGCAAUAACCCAUCUAAAGCGGCUAAUGGCGGAUCAAAAAACGAGGAGCAUAGUAGUGACGUACCAUGUUUUUUUUCUGGCAUUGCAUCAACGCUAGGGUUUCUUCGGAAGAAGAAUCUAUUUGCCACAGAGGAUGCAAAUUCAAAAGCAAAAAAAGAGACUAAAGUAGAAGCCGUGAAACAAACUAUUGACAAAGAACUAGCUCAGAAACAGAAUGGCUCCAAUGCUUGCUUACAGGAAAAGCAAUCCCGCAAACAAUUUCAAGGCACUGAACCUCUAAAUAAUGGCUCAAAAAUCCGGCGAAAUAGGCUUAGCCAUUAUGAUCCUGACAUACAACUUGUCUAUAGAGACGAGAAAGGAAAUCAACUGACUACUAAGGAGGCAUAUAAAAAACUAUCCCAAAAGUUUCAUGGCACAAAGAGUAACAAAAAGAAAAAAGCAAAAAUGCAAUCCAGAAUUGAAGCGAGGAAAAGUGCACCUCAAGACCGUAACGUGUUUGAGUUUGGUAAUAGUUAA